CACGGAGAAUAUAAUACAAAAGUUUCAUUACUCUCUCUCUCUCUGUUGAAUAACCCUCCACAACCACCUUGUUCAAUCUUUAAAUAGCUUAUUGAUUAAUGUCUUAUAGUCUUCUAUGAAUAAGAUCUUCAGAUUUUGUUACAGUUUUUCAAAUUAUUCUGUGGCAAGGAGAGAAGAAAAGAUCAUAGAAAGUGGUGAUUCUUCGAAUAUUGAAGAGAAAAAUAUGGGGUUGAGAUUGAAGGAGACAUUCUACUUGUCCCAUGGAGCACCAACUCUUGCCGUAGAUGAUUCAAUCCCUGCGUGGAACUUCUUCAAUUCGUGGAAGGAGCAGUUUCCGACGAGACCCUCUUCCAUUCUUAUUAUCUCCGCCCACUGGGACACCCAUGUUCCCACCGUCAACGUCGUUCACCAGAAUGAUACCAUCUACGACUUCUAUGGCUUCCCCAAAUCCAUGUACAAGCUGAAGUAUCCAGCACCAGGGGCUCCACACUUAGCAAAGAGGGUGAAGGAGCUACUCUUAGGAUCAGGGUUUAGCCAUGUGGAUGAAGAUAAGAAACGUGGGCUUGACCAUGGUGCAUGGGUGCCACUCUUGUUGAUGUACCCAGAGGCAGACAUCCCAGUGUGUCAACUCUCUAUUUCAUCAAACAAAGGUGGUACCUAUCACUACAACAUGGGAAAGGCUUUGGCUCCUCUUAAGGAUGAGGGUGUUCUUAUCGUUGGGUCUGGGAGUGCCACCCACAACCUCAGAGCAAUUGCACCUCGUGGUACCCCACCUGCUCCAUGGGCUUCCGCAUUUAUGUCCUGGCUAAAAACCUCUCUUCUUGAUGGAAGAUACGAGGAAGUAAAUGAAUACGAAGAGAAGGCCCCAUAUGCAAAAAUGGCUCAUCCCUGGCCAGAUCACUUCUUCCCAUUGCAUGUGGCCAUGGGAGCUGCUGGUGAAAAUUCAAAGGCCAAAGUUGUACAUGAUAGUUGGGAUGGUGGUUCUAUGUCUUAUGCUUCUUUCGGUUUUACAACAGCUGACAGUUGAUCCCACAUACUCAUACGUUCUCUAUACUGUUCAAUGUUGUCUUAAUAUGUAUAAUAAUUAAAAUCACAAAUACUUUGUUAUGUAUCAAUACUGUGUGUUUGUUUAUCUAUUCGUCGCUAAAGGCCUAUGGCUUGGUUCAUAUAUGGCAGGCUCAAAUCUCAAUCCAUCUCUUUUCA